GAAGCUCCAUCUCAGAAAAACACUUCACUCUACUCUCUCACCAAUCACCAUUCUCACAUACCAAAGCUUUAACUUCUUGCAAUAACAAUGAUGAUCUGUCUCACUCCUCCCUGACACCUCUUUACUUACUCAUCCACUCUUGCUUUCCUUCUACUCUCCCUCAACUCUACUGUUUCUUCAUUUUAUAUUUCUUUUUUUUUUUUUUUCCACAUUCGUCUUUCUUCUACUCUUUCUUGCUCUUCAUUUGUCCUUUUUCUGGGAAAAGAGCUCAUACCCAUUUGAGAGAAAGCUGAAAUGGAACCUGGGUCGACUUCAGAUUCCGUAGAAGGGCACAAGAGACAAAAGGGUCGUAGCGCCAGGACCAGACUGGGCUCUAUGUUGCCAAAUAUCGAGCCUUUCGUGCGAAAAACCGAUCAUAAUCCGAGAGAGUUGAGAUCUUGGGCUAAAAAAACUGGUUUUGUUUCAACUUUCUCUGGAGAAACAACUACAAGUGUUAGUGACAAGUUUGAUAGUGCUGGUUUUGAUAUAGAGAAAGGUAGGGGAGGAGGAGGGUCUUCACCUAAGAUUGAAAUUGAUCCUAUUUUGGGCCGAACUAGGCCCAAUAGAGGCUCCGAAAUCGAAGCUGAAAAUGGCUCUGGGCCUGAUGGGAGGAGGAAUGAUAAUGGUAGAAAUGGUGGAAUUUUGGGGUUUAGAGAUAAUGGAAGUGUCAGAGGUGGUGAGAAGGAGAGAAGGAGGAUUAGAGAUGAGGCUAUUUUGGAGGAUAAAGUUGAUGAGAGGUUGAAUGGGAAUGUGAAUGUAAAUGGAGAUAGAAAUGGGACUGUUAAUGGUAAUGGAAUUGAGGUUCAUGUAGCUAAUCCAGUUGAAACUAAGAAAGAGGAAGAAAAAGUUGAAAGAGAUGAGCAAAUUUAUAUGUAUCCCGGUGGUCAGGAGCCUGCUGAUGAAGGGUGGCAUAGACAAUCAGAAAUGAGAUUUGGACUGAGGGACAAUCCAGGAUUCGUACCACUCAUAUACUACGGUCUCCAACACUUUUUAUCUUUGGCUGGUUCACUUAUUUUCAUCCCCUUGAUUAUUGUACCAGCCAUGGGUGGAACAGAUAAAGAUACUGCCACAUUGAUUUCUACAAUGCUGCUGGUUACUGGAGUUUCAACAAUAUUGCAUUCCUACUUUGGUACCCGUCUUCCAUUAGUUCAAGGGAGCUCAUUUGUGUAUUUGGCUCCGGCACUAGUUAUAAUAAAUGCUCGUGAGUAUCGGAAUCUCACAGAACAUAAAUUUAGGCAUAUUAUGAGGGAACUACAAGGAGCUAUAAUUGUUGGUUCAAUAUUCCAAAGUAUAUUGGGAUUCACUGGUUUAAUGUCCCUUCUCCUAAGAUUGAUUAACCCUGUUGUGGUGGCACCAACUGUCGCUGCAGUAGGUUUAGCAUUUUUUAGCUAUGGUUUUUCACAAGCAGGAAGUUGUGUGGAAAUUAGCAUUCCCCAGAUAUUGUUGGUCCUUGUAUUUACCCUAUACCUGAGAGGAAUAUCUGUCUUUGGACAUCGUUUGUUCCGAAUUUAUGCGGUUCCCCUGAGUGUUAUGAUUAUAUGGAUAUAUGCAUCCUUCUUGACUGCUGGUGGAGCAUACGACUACAAAGGUUGCAGCCCUGACAUACCUAGUUCAAACAUCUUAACUUAUGCAUGUAUAAAGCAUGCAUAUACCAUGAAGCAUUGCAGGACUGAUGUUUCCAAUGCAUGGAGAACUGCUGCAUGGGUCAGAAUCCCUUACCCCUUACAGUGGGGCAUCCCGAUCUUCCAUUUGAGGACCUCCAUGAUCAUGAUCAUUGUAUCACUGGUUGCAUCAGUGGACUCGGUUGGAACAUAUCACACUAUAUCUAUGCUAGUCAAUUCAAGACCUCCAACACCUGGAGUUGUUAGCAGAGGAAUUGCAUUGGAGGGGUUUUGUAGUAUAUUGGCUGGACUUUGGGGGUCAGGUACCGGUUCAACUACCUUGACAGAAAAUGUACAUACCAUUAAUAUAACAAAGGUGGCUAGCCGAAGGGCUGUGGAAAUUGGAGCUGCUUUCAUGAUCCUCUUCUCAUUUGUAGGAAAAAUUGGUGCCAUUCUUGCAUCUAUACCACUGGCCUUGGCUGCUUCCAUAUUAUGCUUCAUGUGGGCACUUCUUGUGGCAAUGGGUCUCUCAACUUUGCAGUAUAGUCAAUCAGCAAGUUUUAGGAACAUAAUGAUAGUUGGCAUUUCAUUGUUCCUUGGUUUGUCCAUCCCUGCCUACUUUCAACAGUACCAACCAGAGUCCAGUUUAAUAUUGCCCAGUUAUUUUGUCCCUUAUGCAGCAGCAUCAAAUGGACCAGCACACACGAGAAGCAAACAACUCGAUUUUGCCAUAAAUGCACUCAUGUCGAUGAACAUGGUGGUGACCCUCUUGGUGGCAUUUGUACUAGAGAAUACUGUUCCAGGCAGCAGGCAAGAACGGGGGGUUUACAUAUGGUCUCGUGCUGAAGACAUGGCCAGUGAUCCAUCCUUGCAGGCAAAUUAUUCCUUGUCAACAAAGGUUUCCGGGUUUUUUGGUCGGUCAAGAAGUUCUGGUGUGUAGUAUAUGGUAGAUAACAACUUGUUGCAUGAAUUGUGAAGUUUCCCUGUUGAAAUACAACUUUCCAGAUUGGAGUUGAAGGAGCUUGGAGAUGGUAUGGCUCAGAUGAAAAAAGAAAAAUAUAGCUAACAAUACAUACUGAUUUGUUAUAACAGGAAUUGAGAAGCAUUCUUAAAGUUAAUGUAGUAGUAGUGUAUUUGUAAACCUACUCGUUUUUCCCUGGGAAAAUUGUCUUUUGUAAUUGAUAAGACAUGAUUGAUUCA